AUGAGAGCUAUUACACCAAACGAACGAUCAUCAAAUGUGCACUUAGAUCUCAAUAUUGAUGGUACUACAAAAGCAUUGGGUAUUUCAUGGAACUUAAAAACUGACAAAUUCGAGUAUAAUACAACAACACAUGAUGAAUCAGUUACUGUUACAAAAAGAAGAAUCUUGUCAGACAUGCAAAAACUUUACGAUCCGCUGGGAUGGAUAGCACCGUUAUUAGUAAAAACAAAAAUAUUUAUACAACGACUUUGGAUUCAGAAAUACAGUUGGGAUGAAGAAAUAAGUCAAUCACUGAUAGAUGAAUGGAAGAUAAUUAAAUAUGAUUUUAAAAACGUAAGUGACAUACAUAUAGAUAGAUGGUUACAUACAUAUAAUAAAGAGAAAGAAGCUAUUGAAAUACACGGAUUCUGCGAUGCUUCAAUGCAAGCUUAUGCGGCGGUAGUGUACUGUCGCGUUGUUAAUUCCAACGGAACCGUAACUACCACUCUCAUUGCUGCGCAAACAAGAGUAGCUCCAUUAAAAACAAUAUCACUGCCACGCUUAGAGCUUUGUGGUGCUGUUUUACUGUCGAGAUUGCUCAAACAAGUAACACAUGCAAUGAAGUUGUCAAUGUCUCAAGUUUUUACGUGGACUGAUUCCACUAUUGUUAUAUCUUGGCUACGUGGAGAACCUUGUAAAUGGAAACCUUUUGUAGCGAACAGGGUAGUAAAAAUAAUUGAUAACACCAAUAACAGGCAAUGGUACUAUGUGAAGUCUCGUGACAAUCCUGCAGACAUAGCUUCCAGAGGAAUGUUUCUUAAAGAUCUGAAACAGUCGAAAUUGUGGUGGAAAGGGCCGAAAUGGUUGUCCGAUCAAAAGAUAGAAUUUCAAAAGCCAAGUUAUAUACAGACAGAUGAGGAAAGGAAAACGGUUAUACAUGCACACUUGAACAUAAAUAAACAAGAAAAAGAAACUAGUAUAUAUUCACAAUUUGAAAAUUACGACACAUUAACAGAAUUAUUGAAAGAUGAAAUUGAAUCGUUAAGAAACAAAAACAUGGUACGAAAAAGUAGCAGUCUAAAAUCAUUGAAUCCAUACUUAGAUGAACUACAAGUCCUCAGGGUGGGCGGAAGACUCAGAUACGCCAAUAUAAACGAAGAAAGCAAAUAUCCAAUCAUACUCAGUCAUAAAAACAGAUUGACAUAUUUGCUUGUGGCUGAGGCACAUCGUAGAACUUUACAUGGAGGUGUACAAGUGAUGCUGACGUACCUGACUUCUAAGUAUUGGAUAUUAAGAGGGAAAAGUAUGAUCAAGUCAUACAUACGUAAAUGUUUGAUAUGUGCAAGACACAAUGCUGUUGCAAGAACUCAGAUUAUGGGAGAUUUGCCAAAGGCGCGUGUGACGCCUUCGCGACCGUUUUUGCACAGCGGUGUGGAUUUUACUGGUCCAUUUCAAGUAUUGAUAUCGAAGGGCAGAGGCAUGAAAACUAAGAAAGCCUAUAUAUCUAUAUUCAUAUGCAUGGCUACUAAAGCCAUUCAUCUAGAAUUAGUUGGAGAUAUGACAUCAGAAGGAUUCAUAGGAGCAUUCAAACGAUUUACUGCCAAGAGAGGAAAGUGCUCAUACUUAUGGAGCGAUCAAGGAAGAAACUUUAUUGGUGCGAAUAAAGAGUUAUCAAAUCCUGGAUAA